AUGUCAAGUGAAGUGACAAGAGCUGACAAAGAAUAUUCUAAAAAGACUCAUACACAUACCAUUGCAAAUAUUGCAAACUUACAAGAAACCUUAAACAGUAAAAGUGCCGUUGGACAUACACAUACCAUUGCAAAUAUUACAAACUUACAAGAAACCUUAAACAGGAAAAGUGACGUUGGACAUACACAUACCAUUGCAAAUAUUACAAACUUACAAGAAACCUUAAACAGGAAAAGUGACGUUGGACAUACACAUACAUCUUCUGAAAUAACAGACUUAAACGUUAGCCUUGAAAAGAAGGCAGAUAAGAACCAUACACACGAUUUCUUCGCAACUGUUGGUAUAGAAAAUAUUGCAGGAACGGUUGAAGAAACUGGUGGGGAUGUAUUAAAUUGGAAACCUCCUAACUUUCCACAAGGUUUAACAUCGGAGGAUGACAUAACGACGAUGAAAUACACUAGAUGUAGAAAUGUCUAUGUCAUGGAGGAUGAAAACAAAGUUAAAUUCACUGCUCAAGAUUUAUAUGAUAAAAAGCUGACAAAACAUAUGUUAACGAUGAGUUAG